CCUGAAUUUCUCCAUUGAAAGCAUAAGACAGAAAUUGAAAGCCAGCCCAGUCGUGCUGCAGAUUCCUGUUGGCAGCAGUAAGAACUUCACAGGUGUGGUUGACCUGUUAACCAAUCAGAAGCUGAUAUGGAAGCUGAGGUCUGCAGACGAUGAUGGACGAGUGUUUGAAUCGAAGGCUCUUAGCCAGUCUGAUGAUCCAGAACUCCUGCAGGCAGCGGGUGAAGCCAGGACAGCUCUGAUUGAGCAGGAGGUGGUACAAAGAUGACUUGUGUGCGCUGGCCUUCAAGGUUCUCCAUGACAAACACCGCGGCCCUCUGGUUUUCCUCAGGAUAUACUCGGGUACUCUGAAAGCCCAGACCGCCGUCCACAAUCUGAACAGGAGCAACACUGAGAGGAUGAGUCGACUGCUGGUACCAUUCGCAGAUCAGCACGUAGAAAUCCCUUCAAUAAGUGCUGGAAACAUUGCACUAGCUGUAGGACUGAAGCAGACAGUUACAGGAGACACCAUUGUUUCAUCCAAAGCAUCAGCAGCAGCUGCAGCUCGCAGAGCCCAAGAUGAGAAUCAGACAGGGAAAAGUUGCGGAGAACACGCUAACAUCAUCCUGUCCGGAGUGGAAGUCCCCGAUCCUGUCUUUUUCUGCACCAUAGAACCUCCCACCAUGUCCAAACAGGCUGAUCUGGAGACUGCCCUCGACUGCCUCCAGAGGGAAGACCCCAGUCUAAAAGUCAAAGUUGACCCUGAUUCUGGUCAGACCAUCCUGUGUGGGAUGGGAGAACUGCACAUCGAGAUCAUCCACGAUCGAAUCAGAAGAGAGUAUGGUGUCGAGACCUACCUCGGUCCGCUGCAGGUAGCCUACAGAGAGACCAUUCUUCACGAGGCAUCGACUAAAGAAACUCUGGAUCGGACAGUGGGGGAGAGACGGCACAUUGUGACGGUUGAGCUGACGGUCAGACCUACAGAUGGCUCUUCAUGUGACUCAGCUUUUACAGAGGAGUUACAGACACAGCUGUCAGCAGAAAUAAAAGAGGCUGUGCAGAAUGGAGUACACAGCUCAUACCUUCAAGGCCCUCUGCUGGGAUAUCCUGUACAGGGCGUGUCCACACUGAUCCAAAGCCUGACCACGGAAACAGGGACGUCUCCUGCCAUGGUGUCUGCCUGUGUGUCUCGCUGCAUGUCAAAG